AUGGAUGAAGCUACCCACCUAACUCACUUGAGGCUCACUCUUGAAAAGUUCAGGGAAAAUCAACUUUUUGCAAAGUUUAGCAAAUGUAGUUUCUUCUAUGUAGAAAUAUCUUAUUUGGGGCAUCUCAUUUCUGCCCAUGGAGUAAAAGCAGAUCCCGAGAAGGUACGGGCCAUGAUAGAAUGGCCCACUCCUCACUCCCUUAAGUCCUCAAGAGGUUUUCUAGGCUUCACGGUUUAUUAUUGGAGAUAUAUCAAGGGCUAUGGGUCUAUUGUGGCCAAGCUAAAGAAUUUGUUGAGAAAAGAUAAUUUCAAAUGGGAUGUGGAGGCUUAUUGGGCUUUAGACCAACUAAAAGCUAAGUUGACACAACCACUAGUUUUAGCUUUACAUAACUUUCAAUCUCCAUUUAUUGUUGAGUGUGACGCCUUUGAUGAGGCCAUGGGUGCAGUUUUGCUGCAAGGUGGAAGGCUGUUGGCAUUUUAUAGCCAAGCCUUGAAAGGGAAAUUAUUGCUACUGUCCACUUACAAAAAAGAACUCUUGGCACUUGUUUUGGCAUUAAAAAAAUGGCAGUCUUAUUUACUAGGUCAGUCCUUUGUGGUGGAUUUGGUGCAUAGUAGCCCUAUGGGAGAACAUUUGGAUUUUGAUAAAACCGUGUACAAGCUAAAACAUGACUUCUACUGGCCAGGUCCGAAAACUUAUGUUGGAAUUUUUUUAAAAGGUUGUGAAACAUGUCAAACAGUGAAGGUUGACAACACACUCCCAAGUGGCUUACUGUAG